CCAGGACCCCUGGCGGAGGCGCCAUUUUAGAGUCGUCUGGGAGAGAGCGGAGCUGUCGCCGUCGCCGCUACCGUUGCUGUCUUCUCGGCCGUUGUCUCUCCUCCCGGCCGUCCCAAUGAGCGUGGUGGAUCAUGUGCGGGAGAUGGCGGCCGCCGGCCUGCACUCCAACGUCCGGCUCCUCAGCGGGCUGCUGCUGACCAUGAGCGGCAACAACCCAGAGCUGUUUUCUCCCACCCAGAAGUAUCAGCUCCUGGUGUAUCACGCAGACUCCCUGUUCCACGACAAGGAGUAUAGGAAUGCCGUCAGUAAGUACACCAUGGCUUUGCAGCAGAAGAAAGCGUUGAGUAAAACUUCAAAAGUGAGGCCUUCUACUGGGAAUGCGGCAUCAACUCCUCAGAGUCAGAUUAACAUGAUGCUGGCCAAUUUGUACAAGAAAGCGGGUCAAGAACGUUCCUCUGUCACGAGCUACAAGGAGGUUCUGAGGCAGUGUCCAUUAGCCCUUGAUGCCAUCCUAGGUUUGCUGUCACUCUCAGUAAAAGGUGCAGAAGUUGCCUCCAUGACAAUGAACGUGAUUCAGAGUAUCCCAACCCUAGACUGGCUUUCAGUGUGGAUCAAAGCAUAUGCAUUUGUACAUACCGGAGAUAACACUAGAGCAAUCAACACCAUCUGCUCUCUAGAGAAAAAGUCGCUCCUGAGGGACAACGUUGAUAUAUUGGGGAGUCUGGCAGACCUUUAUUUCAGAGCUGGUGACACCAAGAAUGUACCAAAAUUUGAACAGGUUUACAGGAUGUUGGAUCCGCCUACGCCGCCCGGAAUGGACGUCUAUGGUUAUUUGUUAGCCCGGGAGGGUCGCCUGGAGGAUGUGGAGAAUCUAGGCUGCCGUCUCUUCAAUAUUUCUGACCAGCACGCGGAGCCUUGGGUGGUAUCAGGGUGUCACAGCUUCUACAGCAAACGCUACUCCCGGGCCUUGUACUUAGGCGCCAAAGCCAUCCAGCUGAACAGCAACAGCGUGCAGGCUCUCCUGCUGAAAGGCGCGGCUCUUCGGAACAUGGGCAGAGUGCAAGAGGCGAUCAUCCACUUCCGCGAGGCUAUCCGGCUCGCCCCUUGCCGGUUGGACUGCUACGAAGGCCUCAUUGAGUGCUACUUGGCAUCCAACGGUCUGCGUGAAGCCACCGUCAUGGCAAAUAACGUCUACAAAACCCUGGGAGCCAACGCACAGACACUGACUCUCUUGGCAACCGUUUGCCUGGAAGAUCCCGUCGCACAGGAGAAAGCAAAGACACUGCUGGACAAAGCGUUGACACAGAGACCUGAUUAUAUCAAAGCCGUGGUGAAGAAGGCUGAGCUGCUCAGCCGAGAACAGAAAUAUGAAGAUGGAAUUGCUUUGCUGAGGAACGCCCUGGCCAAUCAGAGUGACUGCAUUCUGCAUCGGAUGCUAGGGGAUUUCCUGGUGGCUGUUAAUGAGUAUCAAGAAGCCAUGGACCAGUAUAGUAUCGCUCUAAGGUAA